AUGCGGAAUUCAGUUUGUACCCAAGGGGAAGUGACAAAAAGAAUAUCUACAAUGCUUGAACUGAAUGCUAAGUUUAACUAUAAUUCCUGCAAUGAUUCUCCAUUAUGUAUUGAAGACACAAGCAAAGUGCAUUCUUUAAAGAAUCUGAAAGAGAUCAAACCCACUAAAAUUUGUAGGGAACCAAUAAGUUUGAGUCUUAAUCUCAAUUCACAAGUUAUAUCAAGUUCUUGCAAUCAUGAAUGUGUACAAGCACAUGAAACUUUAUCCGAGUGUGGUAGUACUUGUGGUUCCAUUGGAGAAAACGACUCGAUGCGGCUUUGGAAACAAAUGAAACAAAAUGGGUUCCUAUCAUCUUUUAAUGGCAACGUCAUAUUCCCUUCGUUGCCAAAGCCCUGUGGGAAGAAAAGAGGAAAUGAAUCAGUGGUCAAGAAAAGGAUAGAGAUGGCCAAGAGAGAACAAGUUGACAGAUUUGCAAAAGUUGCCGCUCCUUGUGGACUUUUAAAUGGAUUGAAUCCUGGGAUUAUCAACCAAGUAAGAAACAGGAAACAAGUUCAUUCUAUAAUUGAAGCCCUUGUGCGAUCUGCAAGAAUAAAAAGCAAAAGUAGUGAACACAAGCAGGAUGAUGGGACUCUGAAUCAUUUGUACCCCAGCAGAAAAUGCGACGAUGAUGUGCUUAAGCUUAAACUUUCAUCUGCUUCAACCGUGACAUUCGAAGAUAUGAGCUCCUUGCCAAAUUACAAGUCAGCCAACAUUUCUACUGUUGAUUCACUUUCUGUUAAAGGUGCAAGUGUAGCUUCUCAGUGGCUGGAACUUCUUUAUCAGGACAUUAAAGGUCGUCUUGCAGCUUUAAGGCAUAGCAAGAAACGAGUUCAAUCAGUAACUCAAACAGAACUUCCUCACUUGAUAGCGAGUCACUUAUCUUCUAAGCAAGAAAAUGAUUCUUCAGCCGCCCAUUUAGCAAAUAAAGCGCAAAAUAACAUGCACAAGAUCAGAUGGACUGCCCUUUUUGAUCAGAUGCAUAAGUCACUUUCUGUGGAAGAGAAAAAUCUGGAAAACACAUUAAAUCAAGUAAGGGAAAUGUUGUUGCAUUGUGAACAUGGUCUCCUAGAAUUUCCUCCUGCAAAUGGUUUCCAACAACAAGCUACUUUGCAAACUAACUACAUGUAUCUCAAAGCACAACCAGCCUUAGACAAAGAUUUAGCUGUACGAGCUGCUGCCGCUGCUAUCUUUUCGACUUCCAACUUACUGCAAACGCCAGAUAACUUGCCCUGUUUCUGAUCAUUUUUGAGCUAGGGUAUUUUCAUUGCAACAGUUUAACUUCAAUUAUGCUUAAAUUUUCCAGCAUUCCCGAGGCUAUUUUUUAUGUACUUUCAAGUUCGUUUUUUCCUUUUAUUACAUUUAGAAGUAAAUUUUACAUCUGUAUCACCUAUAGGCUCUAGGUGAUACAGAUUUUAGAUAUAGGGUUAACUUUCCUUCGCCGAGUUGUGGCAAAGAAAGUAAGAAACUGGUUUCUGAUAACAAAUUGUUCUUGAAAUCUAUAGAGAAUUUGCAAUAACAGGAACA